UUUUGUUGACAAUGAUGGGGUAAAAUAUGGGGUAUAUCUGCCAACACUGGCGGUAACGAUUCAUCUAUACUUUGUGCACUUGACUCUCUGAAAGACUAAUCCUUGCUGUUAUCUGUGUAUACGACCUUGUUUUGUUUUUAACAAUUUUAUGUUGAUUGUAUUUUUGCCCUGCAUUUCGAAUUGGUAACUAAGAAUGAGUAAUCAAGACUCUGAACAAUAUCGUGGAUUUAUAGAAAAACUCAGUCAAGAAGAACAUAGAUCUAAGGCACUAAAUGAUAUUAAAAAUCUAUUCCAAUUAAAACCCGCAGCCGAAGCUGCCUCCACUAUUAGGGAUGUCGGAAUCGCUAGGAUUGUUCAUUGUCUUAAUGUGACUGAUAAAUCUCAAGUAGAUUUAACUUGCGAAGUUUUAAAAAUAUGUUUUGGCAAAUUUCAAGUAGGUGAUGUAGUGAAGAAGUAUACUGGUCAUAUAAUGUAUUUAUUACGGCAUGAAAAAGAAUGCGUUCGGAGACUUGCAAUUGAUGAGAUAAGUAAAUGUGCUAUUUUAAAUCCUGGGCUUCUACCUGUACCUGAAUAUAUUAAUGUAUUCAUAGCAGUAGCACAACUAGUUUCAGAUAAAGAUAUCACUGUGGCAAAUAAGGCUGUAUUGAUCUCUUCUAGCUUACCAUUUGAAGCAUAUCCUAAAGUUUUAGAGGAAAUGAAGAUUGCCUUAGAAUAUACUGUCAGCAGCAAGUGUAAUGCAUUUGAGGUUGUCGUUAAUAUUUCAUGCAAGUCUUUUGAACUGUUCAAGUUAUGUGCAGAUUUGGGUUAUAUAGAAUAUAUGGUAUCACAACUACAAUCAAAUGAUCUGCUUUAUCAAGUUAAUAUACUUGAGCUUCUGUCUUGUUUGGCUGUUAAACCACAAGGAAUAAAUUAUCUUGUUAAAAAUGGUGCCCUGGAACAGAUGGCACAAUUAAUUGGAGAGUUGCAGAACAGUCCACUUGGUAAUUUAGUAAUACCUGGUUACAUGAAAUUGUUUGGAUGUAUUGUUCAUCACUAUCCCAAAGAAAUACUUAACAAGUAUCCUGCUCUAUUGGAUUUACUAUUUGACUCUUUUGAUUCUAGUGAUCAAACUCUGUUGUUAGUAGCUCUAGAUACACUGGGCUUCAUUGGUGCUACGAUAGAAGGAAAAUUAUCUUUAGUAUCUUUAGGCAGCAAAUACACACAAGCUGUUGAAAAAGUUGCACAAUUAAUUAGAAAUAGUGCAACGGAAAUAAAAAUUCGCGCCUUGCAUUGUUUUGCAAGUCUAAUAGCUGUGGAUAAAGAUACUAAUGUACCAAAGAGUGGCCCAAUUGAUCAUAGGGUGACUUUAAUGACAAGAGAGUGGUUCAGAUGUCUGAGUGAAAAUCCAAUGAAAUUUUUGUGUGAUAUUUGUAAGAAUCCAUUUUCUGAUAUUAGAUUAGCUGCAUUUAAUUUAUUAAAUGCAGCUUGCCAACAUCAGUGGGGGGAGGAACUUGUGGCAAGAGUUGGUGGAUUUAUAGAAUAUCUUCUAGAUCGUUCUGUGGAUUAUACUAAGGCCGCAAAAGAAGCUAAGUAUGAAGUAAUUAAAAAGCUAGCACAUUCUAUGGCUUUUGAUGAAGAUACUCUUGGUAGAAUACAAACUUACAUCCAAGAAGGACCAUUCUUUUCAGAAUCUACAAUGGAUGUAGCCAUGGAAGAAGGCGAUUAAAAUUUGACAUAAUAAAUAUUAUUUGCUUAUUAAUCGUAAAUAAACAAGGAACUAUUUCAAAUACAUAAAAAUGUUGAUUUUAUUGUUAUUAAAAAAUAGUU